AGAAUGAAAGGAGUGACUGAACCCUGACUGGCGACUCGACCCCGCCGAAACCACCCCGACAGCCUCCAGAAAGGGGCGUGGCAGAAAAUGUAGGGGCGUGGUCACAUGGGCAUCAGGAAGAAGUAACCUGUUGAAUCUAUUUCUCCUCCCCACCCUUACUGCUUUUUUCCGUACGGGAGAAGCCGCAGACCAAUAAGCCUCUUCAAAAAAAGAGGUAAAGGGAGGUAGACAAGAGGCGGCGGCGGAGGCUGGCUACUGCGUUCCGUAGGAGGCGCCAACAGUUACUUUUUACCCGCUGAGUCCGGUGAACCAGUUCAUGGGGGUGGGGACCUGCAUAUGAGAAAAGGGCCAGGAUAGAGGAGGUAUUUAUUUGUUCAUUUUGAGAAUUAAAUUUAGAACCCAUCAUCUACAGACCCAUUUGUAGACUGUGUCUGGGGCACUCGCCCGGCCUCAAGAGGAGGAAAGAACGGGGGCGAUUUUUGGCAGCAAAGGAAAGGCCCGUCUCGGCUACCUGCCUUCCGUGUUUUCCUUGGCCUAAAGCGAUAGAACCAAAUGGCUUCUGUGGUCUGGGGAAGUGCCCCCUGGUGGGGCCCGCCGCCCCCGGCCCCAGCUCGGCCGCUUACGGACAUCGACUUCUGCUCUGGGGCGCAGCUGCAGGAAUUGACCCAGCUGAUCCAGGAGCUGGGUGUGCAGGAGAGCUGGAGUGACGGGCCCAAGGCGGGAGCCGACCUCCUCCGAGCCAAGGACUUUGUCUUCUCUUUUCUUGGUCUAGUUCACCGUCGGGACCCUCGGCUUCCUCCCCAGGCAGAGCUCUUGCUGCUUCGUGGUGGGAUUCGCGAGGGCUCCCUGGAUCUGGGGCAUGCACCCCUGGGUCCCUACGCCCGGGGACCUCACUACGAUGCCGGCUUCACACUCCUAGUGCCCCUGUUUUCGCUGAACGGCACAGAACUGCAACUGGACCUGGAAUCUGGUUACACACAGGUCCGCCUCCCAGAACUGGUAUGCGGAACCCCCAUCCGGGAGAUGUGGCAGGAUUGCUUAGGACCCCCAGUCCCAGGAGGAUGUGAUUCAAUCCACCGAACCGAGAGCAAAGAAAGUCCCAAGGACUCGCAAAGCUCUGUAGACCAGCGGCACAGCCACGUCACUGAGCACGAGGCGCCAGUGCCUUUGGAAAAAUCAUCUAGCGACGUUUCAGCGUCCGAGUCUCCACAGCAUGACGUCAUCGACCUUGGCUCCACUGCACCUUUGAAAACACCGAGUAGUGACGUCACCAAGGCAGCCGUCGAAAGCCCGGUCCCAAAACCUUCGGACGCUCGGGACGCAUGGCCCACAUUAUGCCCCGCCCAGGUGGCUGCCUGGUUCUUUGCUACGCUGGCGGCAGUGGCCGAGUCUCUGAUCCCGGUCCCCGGUGCUCCACGUCUGGUGCAUGCAGCUCGCCACGCGGGUUUCACCACCAUCCUCCUGGCUACCCCUGAGCCCCCUCGCCGCCUCCUGCUCUUCGACCUGAUCCCAGUGGUGUCCGUAGCCGGCUGGCCCGAGGGGGCUCGGAGCCACUCUUGGGCUGGCCCACUGGCGUCCGAGUCGGCUUCCUUCUACCUGGUGCCGGGUGGCGGCACCGGGCGGCCAUGCGCCUCCGCCUGGCAGCUCUGUUUCGCCCGCCAGGAGCUGGCGCUCAAAGCGCGCAUACCAGCGCCGCUGCUGCAGGCGCACGCGGCGGCCCAGGCGCUACUGCGCCCGCUGGUGGCCGGGACCCGGGCGGUGGCGCCCUACCUCCUGCGGACGCUGCUGUACUGGGCGUGCGAGCGGCUGCCUGCGCUCUACCUGGCGCGGCCUGAAAACGCAGGCGCCUGCUGCCUCGGGCUGCUGGACGAGCUUGGCCGAGUGCUCGAGGCUGGAACAUUGCCUCACUAUUUUCUGAGCGGCCGAGAGCUCCGUACGGGGGACGGCUCGGCUGCGCUGCUCGCGGCGUUGGCCCGGCUCCGCGGGGACCCUGCCAGUGCCCUCCGCGCCGCGGUGGAGGAGGCCAAGGUGGCCCGCAAGGGGGGCGGUUUGGCGGGCGUGGGGGGCGGGGCCCAUUAAAGACGCUGCUCCUACUGGUGGAA